AUGUUUAGUAAUAUUGUUCCAUUAACAACAGUUGGUGCUGCACAAGUAUUACCGGGUACUGUUUUACAAACAACUGGUAAUGUUUUACCAACAACAACUGUUGGAAAUAGUGAUUUAGUUAUAAUUCAAGAUGCAACAGCGACAAGUCAAGCUGAAUUAAUAAAUCAAUUACAAAAUCAUAUAACUGAAAAUCAACAAAUCUUAAUUAUUACAGAUGAUCAAGGACAAGAUCAAUAUGUUAUCAUUGAUAAAGAUCAAGAUAUAAAUGCACUUUUACAAGAUGGUUCUUUAUUCUCUCAUUAUGCCGAACAACAAGUGGCUCAAGUUCCUGCUGGUUUACAACAACAAAUAUUACAAAUUGCUUCAAUGCCUACUAUUCAAACAACUCAUGCUCAACCAGUUGUGUCAACACCUGUACCUAUUCAACCAAAACCCACACCAAAACCUAUAGCACCUGCUACAAUGAAUCCAUCAAUUGUACCACAUAAACAAUCAUUUCAAAGCAAAGUCAAUACCAAUGCCUUUCAUGUACAAAAUGUAGAAGAAUCUGUACAACGUGUUACAGCUCCACCACCAAAACGAAAACCAAUCGAAAUUCAUUAUGAUCCAAAAGAAAAUUCAUUUCAAAAUGCUUUUUUAAAAUUUCUUGCCGGAGAAAAAAUGCCAUCAUUAGAAGCUUUAGCUAAUGAACCGAUUAUGCGUAAACCUAAAGAUAAUGUUUACAUUGGUGCAGUCAAUGCUGGUAUUGUUUUAAGUUCUCUUGGUCAACCAACUGGUACAAUGGGUUAUCAAACUUAUAUGGUUAAUGAUGAAUCACGUAUUGAAGAGAUAAUGGUUAUUGGUCGACCAUUAUAUGAUGAUAGUAAAGGUGUUAAAAUAAAUCCGUUGUUAAAAAAUCUUCCAACAACAGGAGCUAAUCAAACAACAGCUUUUCUACCACAAACAAUAACAUUGACACCCAAUUCUCAACAACAAAAUUUAAAUACAUUAAGUGGUUUAUUUCGUAAUGCACAAACAUUACCAAAUAUUCUUAAUAAUACUACAACCAUAACAUUACCUCAACAUAUCAUUGAUCAAUUAAGUGCUGGUACACUUACAGUAUCACAAACAACAAAUGGAAAUGAAGGUAUUGAAUCAGCUACAGCAUCAGCCGCUGCAAUACUUAGUCAAUUAAAUGAAAUGGUACAAGGACAACAGCAACAGCAACAACAACAAACAAAUCAAAAUUCAACCAAUUAUCUUUCUAAUGAUUUACUUGCAACAACUGAUCCUAAUCGAAUACAAAGUGAAAAGCAAACAGCAGAUGCACUUUUAGCAGCAGCAAUAUCGAAACGAAAUUUUGGUACAAAUAAUACAAAUGUUAAUACAACGACUGAAGGAGUUUAUCAAUCAACAACUACAAAUUCAUCAUCUUAUAUGGAUAUUGAUCGUCCAUCAUUAGCAGCAGCUGCUUUAUAUGAUCUUAAAAAUGAACAAUUACAAUUAGCAAAUGCUGCACUUCAACAACAAGUAGCUAGUGAACGAAGUCAACAAGAAUCAUCUACAAAUGGUAAACAACAAGAAGCAACAGUUAAUCAAUCAGUUACAACAACUGCUGGAACACAACAAUAUGCUGAAGAAGUAACAGAAAUGGGUCCAGAAAUUCCAUUUGAACUUGGUCAAUUUUUACUUUAUAAAGGACAUUUUCUUAAUUUACUUCAUUUUCCUAUAUGGAAAGUUCAUACAAAAACACUUUUGCUUAAAUAUGAUACAGUACUUGCAGAUUCAGAAAUUGCUUGGGAAGCUACAGAUGAAGGAAUGUUUUAUACGAAUGUAUAUGAAGAUUAUGUUCCACUUAAAUGUGAAUUAAAAGGUUUACAUAAUAAUCAAGAAGUAGUUCGUAUUGUUAAUGAAUCCCAUCCAAUUAAACUUAAAAUUCAUGGUCAUAUGAGUUCAGUACGUAUUCAACAUGAUGUCUAUGCUCAAGUACUUGUCAAUCAUGUUUAUGAUGCUGAUGUUUUACCACGUAUUAAAGCAAAUACCGAUGAAUAUGCAACAUAUAUUCGAUUGAUCGAUGAAAUGCUUGAACAACGUUAUAAUUAUGUUAUUCAAUCAAGACGUACGAUUGAAACUUUUCCGUAUGCAGUUGCUAAAUAUCCUUUGCUUGAUAUUAUCGCUCAUCCACAACGAAAUUUACAUUGUCAAGUUACUGAAGAUAAAUCCCAACCAGUUUCACAUACAUUACGAUUUCACGGAAAUCAAUAUGAUGGCGAUACAUUAAAAGCAAGUGAAACUCCAUUACAAAUAUUGGAAAUAUUUGUAUGUGAAAAUAUAGCUGUUUUAGCUCAAACAGCUCAUCAACUUAAACAUCAUGUUUAUCAUAUGUUUUGUCAUGCACAACAAAAAGUUGCUGAAUUACAAGCAUUAAAUCCAACAGCUGAUGCAACUGAAUUAAUUAGUGCAAUAUGUGGAGAUACUGCAUGGUUACAAGAAUUAUUCGAUCGAUUUGAUUCAAUUAUGCAACAAGCAGAUACAUACAUUUUUUCAAAUGUGGAAAUAGCUUGGUGA